AUGAAGCUACAAGAAUGGCUUGUAAAUGGUGGGGCUGAAGGUCUCGAUUGGCUACAACUAGAAGACUUCCCCGAUACGGGACGCGGAGUUAAAACGCUGCGGCCCCUUAAGUCCAAAGAUGUAGUCCUUACAAUUCCAGGAUCCUUUCUUUGGACAGCAGAUGUAGCAACUAGUGACCCUGUCAUUGGGACUGUCAUACGAUCUGUAGAACCACCAUUAUCAGUAGAGGAUAUAUUAGCGGUGUUUCUUCUUUUCAUCAAGUCAUGUAAAACAGGUUAUGAUGGGAGGCGAGCACACGUGGAAUUGCUACCAACCAGUUACACAGCUAGUAUAUUCUUUAGUGAUGAAGAGCUCGAAAUCUGCUCUGGCUCUUCGCUUUAUCACCUGACCCAAAAGUUGAAACAACAAAUUAGAGAUGAUUACAUUCAACUCCUCACCAAAUUGUUUUCUAAACAUCCAGAUCUAUUCCCUUUAGAAAGUUUUACACAAGAUGACUAUGUGUGGGCUCUUUGUACUAUUUGGAGUCGUGGCAUGGAUUUCCAGCUACCUGACAGACAAUUUCGAUGCAUUGCCCCUUUCGCUGACAUGCUAAAUCAUUCUCUUGAUGUUGAACUUUGUCAUGCUUAUGAUCCUCAAUUGAAUAGAUUGCAGAUACUGGCAGGAAAAGACUAUAAAAUAGGAGAACAGGUUUUCAUCAACUAUGGUUCAGUUCCAAAUAAUAGACUCUUACGCCUCUACGGCUUCAUCCUUCUUGACAAUCCUCAUGAUUCUUAUGACCUUGUUCUUACUACAAACUCCCAAGCACCCUUGUAUUCUCAAAAAGUGGCCUUACUUGAAUCAAUCGGUUUACACGUCAACUCCACUUUCUCCCUCAAACUCAAAGAUCCGUUACCAUUGAAUGUGCUUCAAUACUUACGAAUCCAGAGAUUGACAUCUUCGGAAAUCUCCACAAUGCCGGCAAGGCACGGAGCUAAAGAUAGAGUUAGUGCUCGCAACGAGGCUGAGAUUUUAAAGGCUUUGGACAAAGCAUGUAAGGAUCUGUUGUCUGGGUUUGGAAUCUCUCUUGAGGAACUUGAAGAAAAGACUGAUUCUGGUGCAUAUCAAGAGGGAAGUAACGCAUGGGCAGCAGCACAUGUUAGUAUUAGUGAACAGAAGAUUUUAAAGGCAACAUUGCAGAAAGUAAAAGAACUGCUUGCUCUAGUUGUUUGUGCGAAUUGUGGAAAGGAGAGUAAUAAGCGUUGUUCAAGAUGUCGGAAGGUGGUUUACUGUGGAGCAGAUUGUCAAAAAAGCCACUAUAAGGAACACAAGGCUUUUUGCAAAGCCGCUAGCGAGUAA